AUGCACGACGAGGCCGAGGAGCGCACGCAGGGUCCUUGCCAAUUGGCACACGGUCAUUGGGGCGAAUUGAGGGACGUGAUAUGUACCCCGAAUCCCGAUGCGUCCGCCAGCCAGCCAGCCAACCAGCUGGCCAACGCCAUUUUCUGGAAUAUCACUCUGCGAAUGGUCGUCCGUCCACAGACGCUCGACUGGACGCCGGUGGGAAAGCAGGUGCUUGCUGCGAAUGAAGGCGAGUGCGUGCUGUUGGAGAGGUGA